CGUUGCUUUGGCUCUCAGUGCGUUUCGUCUUGUCCUCCUUCGCGUUUCGUUCCUUCGAUCUUCCUCUCCCCCCACCUCGCUGUCCCUGUGUCGCUUCCUUCUCUCUGUGUCUCCUCCCGUCUCGUUUGUGUGUGCGUCUCUUCUCUUUCUCCAGGUGUCUCCUUUCUCCUUGCUUUUCCGUUGUCUCGCUCUCGGCUGUGUCUGUCUCCUUUGCUUUCCUUCGUUUUCUUGCGUCCGACCCCUCACAAACUCUGCCGGUGUCUGUCGAAGUUCUGCCGCCUGUUUCCUCUCUGCGUGUCUCAUGGUUCCCUUUCUCGACAGCUGCUCUUGAAUGCAAGACGCUGACACACGUCGACCUUUCUGCCUUUCCCUUUCCUGACUCGCUGAUUCCUCCCGCAUCUGCUCUUUUUUUCUGCCACUUUCUCAAGUCCUUUUUGCGCGGGCGCAAUUCCUUCCAAGAUGGAGGAGGCGGACCUCUCGAGUCUCGCGGCGACGGAGCGCCAACAAGUCCUUCCUUUCGGUCGUGUUGUCAACUUUGCACCUGGUCCAGCGUGUUUGCCAGUUGAAGUUUUGCUGGAGACUCAGCGCGACUUGCUGAACUGGCGCGGUUGUGGGAUGAGCGUUUUGGAGAUGAGUCACAGGGGUCGGUAUUACCGGAAGAUGAUGGAGGAGACAAAAGGAAACCUUUCUUCUCUCCUCGAAUUGCCAUCCUCUCAUCAUCUUCUUUUCAUGCAAGGCGGCGCGACACUGCAGUUCGCCGCUCAGCCUCUUAACAUGCUCCGUUUUUUCAAGGAUACGGCAGACUACGUCAUCACAGGGAAUUGGAGCGCAUACGCCUUUAAAGAGGCAGGGAAAUACGGCAACAUGCGUGUGGCAGCUGACACGAAAGCGAAUGGCUUCGUUGAUCUUCCUCCUGUCAGUGAAUGGACACUGAAUCCCAACGCGGCGUACGUGCACUACUGCGACAACGAGACUGUGUACGGAGUGGAGUUUCCCCGAACGCCUAAUCUCUCCGAGGCUCAGCUCUUGUCUCCCGAAGAAGUGCCUCUCUUCUCUUCUCCGUCUUCUCUGGGUAGUUUGUCUGCAAAUGGCCACAAGGAAGGAGGGAGACACGGAGACGGAGACGCUUCGUUUGGCGGAGAUUCCAAUACCAAGCUGAGACUCACCAGCGACAUGUCCUCGAACUUCUGCAGUCGCCCGAUCGACAUCGACGCGCAUGCACUCAUUGUGGCUGGCGCCCAGAAGAACAUCGGCCCUGCUGGAGUCACCAUUGUCAUUGCUCGGGACGACAUUCUUGGCAAGGAACUGGAUGUUUGCCCGUCCAUGUGCAGCUACGCCCUGUGCAAGAACGCAGACAGCGCGCUGAAUACCCCACCAGUGUUUAGCAUGUACAUGGUAGGCUUGAUGGCCAAGUAUCUUCGGAAGCAGGGCGGCUUGGCUGCCUGGAGCGAAGUGUGCGAAGCGAAGGCGAAGAAAAUCUACGACGCCAUCGAAGAGAGCGACUUCUUUGUGUGCCCUGUGGCGAGAGACGCCCGCUCAAGAAUCAACGUUCGCUUCUCCGUCGUCGGACCCUCCCUCGGAGAAGAAUACGAGCGAGAAGAAGAGGGAGGCGAACAAGCGGGAGGAGCGAAGAAGGAGAAGAACCGUGCAGAGGACGUCGAGCUGGCGAAGAAGUUCCUCCGAGAAGCGGAGGAAAGAGGACUGUAUCACUUGGAAGGACACCGCACACUGGGUGGCUGUCGCGUCUCCCUCUACACGGGGAUGCCCAUGGAAGGCGUCGAAGCUCUCGUUCAGUUUAUGAAGGAAUUCGCGGAAGAAAAUGGAGAUGCAUCCCCUGAAGCGAAGAAACCGCGACGAGAGCAGCGUGAACCGGCGAAAAGUGGAAACGCGCAAGAGCAAAGUUGAGAAAGAAGUCACUCCGGAACAAAGUCCCUGGAAAGCAAACAACUUUCGACACCUUUACUUCUCUUCUCUCCCCACUACCUAACAAAAUAAAAUACCCCCCCCCCCAUAUACAUAUAUAUACAUAUACAUAUAUAUGUAUAUAUAUAUAUAUAUGGAAAAAACUACAUGCAUUUACAUAAUGAUAGAAGUACAUGGUCGAUGUGCGCGGGCUUGUACUAUAUGGUUGCAGACAGAUACUCGAAAAAAUCCAUUUAUAGUUGUGCGUCCACUUGUGUUCACGCGCGCGAAAGAAAAGAACUCAGAGAAGGCGCCGAUGUUUCCCUGGUUGACAGAGGGCUUCAGCGGCGCCUGUUCGCUUCUUCUUGCACUCCUGCGUUGCUCGAUGCUACCGCGACAAGCGUCUUUUCCUUCCUGGGUCUUCUGGCUCUUUCGACAUGCAUGGAGACGCAACUCGCUCUUGAA